AAUAGAACAUAGAGUAGCCUAUAGUUGAUUAAUUGACUCCUUUAUUUUUUACAGCUCUUCAAAGGGUGAUUGUUAUAACAUAUCUAUUUACAUUCAGGCUAAGAGCGAUGCAUCAUUUGGUUUUGUUUUGGUUUCUCGCUGAGCCGAAAGUUAGCUGGAGUCACAAUCGUUGGGCUUCAUAGUACCCAGUGGGAGACGUCAUUAAGACUGCGUCCAUGUUCUAUACAGUCUAUGGUCUGACCACAGCAGUGUGACAUUAAAAUAACACAUUUAAAAACAAAGAAUAUUUUCUUCACUGACUCUUGUUGUCUCCAUUUCUCUCACCUUCUGAGCUGCAUUUUCCUCUGGAACGAAACUCCCCAACGGUAAACAGGAGGCAUGGCUGUUUCAAACCACUGCUGGCCCAAGAGAACAGGUGAGAUGGCUGCUGCUGCAGUAAGGUAAGAGCUUGACCCACUCUCCCCCAAGUAGGAAAGAAGAAUACCUGAGCCUGAACCUUCGCUCACUGCGAAUAGAGCAGAGGUCGGGUGACGACCGUGGAUGUAAGCCACCGCCUGAAAAUUGGAAGACAUCAGAGAUACUGCUGUCAGAUCCGACGGGUCUCCAAACUCAGUGAGUCGAGCUGUGGUCAGCGGGCAGCCUGCUGUGCCUCGAGGGUGAAACAGGACCACAUUAAAUCCCUGAUGUAUGGCCUGCUGGCAGAGCCCCUUUAAGUGUGGUGUUGUCCCUCCCCAGUACUGAGGGAUGAGGAGGAGUACAGGAGGGGUUGUGGUGAAGCAGCCCAUCGCCUUCCCUCCCACCUGGAUCUCCUUCCUCCCCUCCCACCUCCUCUUCUCAGCCGGUCUUAUUCCCAAAGCCCAGUCCAGAGCCACGAUCCCCCCAUCUUUAAGUAACAAAUGGUCCCUGGUGAACUGUAACAAGUCUCCAUGAGGUCCAAACAGCAGGCUGGAUAGAGUCUGGAUGUGGGGGUCUCCUCUGGGCCAUGAAGCCAGUCUAGGCCUGGUCAGUGAGCCGCAGUGACGGAGCACAUAUUUGGCCAACGCUGUCGGUUUACAGAUGAGCCUGGGGCCAUCUGAGGUCUGACUUGACCCCGACAAAAUAUCUGUCCCCGCUGACCUGGUCUCUGUGGUCCGUGUUGUUGUUGCAUUAUUGUUGAGUGGCAGAUCCAGGAUGAGGCAAAUUAUGACCCAGAGUCUCCAGCCUGCCGCCCUGACAGCCAGCCGUGUCCAAACGUGCACCCUGGGCCAGCGCAGAGCCAGAGACAGCAGCAGGAGGAGCAGGGACGGAAGGAAACACAAGACCAGCUCCAUUUCAAAGGAUGUGAUUCCAGAUUAUUCCUCAGACUCUAUUAUAACUUCUAAAUGACGAGGAGCAACAGUCACAUUAUGCGCUGCUUACUUUGUUCUAAAAGGUGGAAAUCUUGAGCCUCAACAUAGAACAACUAAUAAUUAAAAAGCACUUCAUGGUCAGACAAGUCCUGCAUGACCCCACCCUGGCAGCAACGCUCUUUAAACCUGCUGUUGCCACAAUAAUGAUGCAGUGCAGAGGACAGCAUCAACACCACACACUGUAUGCCUUGAGCAUUGAUAUCGUGAUCGGGUGGCUGUGAGUCUUCACAAAUAGAGUUAUUGGACAGGUGGAGAAGUGAUGUCUGAAAGAAUGAUAACAUUGUGUGUCCUGCUCAUGCUCACUGGAGCUCAGGGCUUUGGGAUUUUACCUGGUGACUCUAUGAGUCACCUGGAAAUCACAGAGGCAGCCAUUUUAAAUGUCACUGUACAGGUGUGCCGUGCUUUGGCUGCAGCUGAGGGAGCAGACUUCUCUUUUCCUGCCCAGCCUUUCACUGUAGAGGGGGUUGCUGUCGCCUGCGGUACAACAGAAUCCAGAAAGACCUUCCGCCGAGCCAUCAGGCAUAUCAUCUUCCACAAUGUUCGAGUGGAUCUCCGUCAUGCUCUUAAUGCCAGCUUCCACUUUGAUGAAGAAAUGUUUGAUCAAGGGAGGAACAUCAUCAGUCAGGGGAUAGAGGCCAUCAAAGCAAGCAACGAGCAAGAGAAUUAUGAGACCGCCAGGCAGAAACUGGGAGAGAUAAUUCAUCCUUUACAGGACUUUUACAGUCACAGUAACUGGGUGGAGCUGAAGAACAAACUCCCAAACUCCAAUCUGCUCAGAUCAGGCGUCAGCAUUGGGAACCUUGCAGAUGAGAGCAGGGCGACGUGCCGCAGCUGUGAUGGAGACAACUGCACAAACAACAUCUUAGAGGACAUCAUUCAGGAGAAGGUCCUGACUUCUGGGUACUUCGGUAUCGUGCCGAUAUCCUCAACCAAACCAAAAGGUAAAUGCAGCCAUGGAGGAGCAGUAGAUCAAACCAGCACCAUCGAACCCACAGGUGGGAUCAACAAGGACAGUUUCGACGCCAGUCAUGGACACCUGCACACUGAAGCAGCAAAAAUGGCCACUGCUGCAACCAGUGAGCUGCUAGAGGACAUCCGAAGUGCUGCUGGUGACCGGCCGUUCCUACAGAUGAUGGGACUGUCUAAAGGGUCGAAUAAAGCUCUGUGUUUUGUCAUCGACACCACGAAGAGCAUGAGUGAUGAAAUAGAGGCAGUGAGGACCGUCACCACCUCUAUUAUCGACAGUGAGGUGGGAACAGAGAACGAGCCUGCAACUUACAUUCUGGUACCUUUCAAUGAUCCAGAAUUUGGACCUCUGAUUAGGACAACAGACCCAAAGAUCCUCGAGAUGGUCCUCAACUCAAUAUCAAUCGGUGGUGGUGGAGAUGAGCAGGAACUGAGUCUCUCAGGACUUCAGCUGGCUUUGGGUGGAGCUCCUUUCAAUUCGGAGGUCUUCCUCUUCACCGACGGUCCUGCUAAAGACGCAAACCUGAAAAACUCAGUGACCUCACUCAUCGAGCGGACACAAACUGUGGUGAACUUUAUCAUUUCUACCUCAACAUCGCCCAACAGUAGGAGGAGGAGGCGUGAUGACAGCCAGCAACAACAAAGCAGGAUAACAGCCUCAGACGCUCAGCUGUACAGAGAGCUGGCUCAGACGUCAGGAGGUCAAAUGGUUGAAGUCACGAAGACCGAGCUCACAGAAGCCGCCAGCAUCAUCUCAGACACUUUAGACUCCUCUCUGGUGAUGCUUCUUCAGGCAGCAAGAAGCCCAGGAAAAGACGAUGCUUUCUCCUUUAUAGUUGAUGACUCAAUAACAAACCCCACAGUUUACAUCACUGGGAGCUCGGUCACUUUCACGCUCACCAGCCCCACAGGUGAAUCUCAGCAAAGCACAGACGCGACAGGAUCACUGAUCACAUCCUCCCGAUCUGUGGGAAACCUCCAGUCUCUGCAGCUGAGAAAGAUAACUGGAUCAUGGGAAAUGAAAAUGAUGUCAACUAACCCCUACACAAUCAAAGCGAUAGGUAAGAGUCCCAUUGACUUCCUGUUUGACUUUGUGGAGAAAUCACAGGGGCCGUUCCAAGGAUAUGAUGCUCUCGACUCCCGUCCCAGAGCAGGUGUCAAUGGUAGCUUGUUGGUGUCUUUCACGGGAAGCGACACUGCCACAGUGACAGAGGUUGCUCUGGUGGAGUCGUGGGGCUCAGAGGAGAUUAAAGGAGCAGUGCAGCCACAGGGGAGUGGGAACUUCUUGGUCCUUGUUGACAGGAUACCAUCAGCUGAGUUUGCAGUGCGGGUGAAAGGGGAGGACAGCAGCUCCGGAGCUUCAAUGGUUUUCCAAAGGCAGUCACGCACCAACUUCAGAUCCUCUAAUUUGACUAUUAAUGCUGAUUCUGACGGCAUCAUCGACCCGCUGACACCGUUCUCUGUGCCAUUCUCAGUCAUGGCUAAUGGAGCAGGGGGAAACUUCACCAUCCGGGCAACCAACAACCAACUUUUUCCCUCAACCUUUCCAACCAGUUUAUUACUGGAAACGGGAAAAACUGCCAACGGUACGGUGACCCUCUCGGCACCUCGCACCACACCGUCUGGCACUGAUGUCACCCUGACCAUUGAGGCAGAGGCCCCCGAUGGCGAGGAUGUAAACUACAUCGUGCUGCGUUCCACAGUUAUAAACACGAUAACAGACUUCAUUCAGCCGGAGUGUCAGCUGCUCACUCGUCAGUCCAACUGCUCCGGCUCUGUGAACUGCAGCUCGUUGAUGUGGAUGAUCUUUGUGAGGGUGACUGAUGGAGCUGAGGGGACAGGUGUCGACCAUGUACGGCUCUUAAAGGGCAACGGGACCAUAAUCAUCGAGCCUGCUGCUGACAACAAGAAUGUAACAAUGGUGCUCUACACUUCUGCGUGCUGCUCGCCUGAAAUGGAGCUGGUGGUGGUGGAUAAGAUCGGUAAUGUAGGCACCUGUUUCUACUCUUCUGAUUCAAGUUCAUCAGCUGCUUUAUCUAAGUCCAUCAAAGUUGCAGAGGCCUCCCUUCUUGUCCUAUGCAUCUUUGUAUUUGGGCAACAACUACUCACAGAACUGGGACUACGGUGACGGCAUCGUAAAAGCUUCACUGAAUUAUUCUAUAUUUAUUUCUUCAACAAUGAAGUAUUUGAUUAUGUGUGCUGUGAUAAAGCAAGAAGAGGAAAAAACACAACUUCAGGCAGAUGAUUCAGUCUCAUUCCUGUUAUCAACACAAUUUACAAAUCAUAGCUAUUUCAGGAAAGCAAUGUUAAACCCAUUUGUGCAACGGUCCUUAUUUGACCUCAUCUUGGGAUCAUUUAUGUGUCAACUUGUUUGUGCCACAGAUCUGACACAACUGUUAUCCAUAACUUUAAAUUAAUACAUUUUUUCUGUCAUCACUUCUUUGAAAAUAGACACACAAUGUUAAUGAAAUAAAACUAUAACUUGUGAUAAAUGAGCUUCAUUAAAUCCUCAAUGAUUUCACUGAUAAAUAGUAUUACAUGCAGGGAGCACCAUGGUGUGUGUAGACCCUUAAAGUAUGAAUAAUUAGCUUGUUAAUGUUGUAUAUGUUUCAUCCUGGUGGUAUGCCCGGGUCUUUUUUCUCUGUGGUCAUGAUGACAUUGUUGCAUUUAUUAUUUUUCUUGAGGCUUUUUCUGCAAAAGAAAAAAAGCUUGAGCUUAGAGAAUCAUAUUUAGCAGAACCGAGCAUGCUCAGUCGGUCUGUGUCUGUGCAGCACCUUACUCUACACUACAGGCUCAGCGUAGUGAUGAGCUGCACACACUGCUAAUCCUGUAAUUAAGUCAUGAACCAGGUAUCCAAAUAAUGAGUUAUGUCAUCAUGUUAGUGGUUGUUACACUACAUUAGGUGCUUGCAUACAUUCAUGCCAUCCUACAUGUUUUAUUCAAGGCAGUCACACAUUUUUGGACACCAGCUAGACAUCAGAAGAUCACAUUUUGGACCGUUUUUUGUAAACAAUCAGAUGUUUUAAUGAUGUAUUAUCUUUAUUUGGGUAUUCAGGUAUGUUGCACUUUGAAUUGCCUUGUUGCCGAAGUGUGCUUUAUGAAUAAACUUGCCUUGCCUUGCCUAUGUUA